AUGGUCCACAAAAUGAACGGGGACACACAGAAAUCAUUAGCACUAUCUACUUGGGCUGAUAAAAGUGGCUGUCAAGCGACAACGCUACGGACCCAGGAUUCUCAGCGUAAAAUAUCUCUUUACGAUCGUCAAGCGACAAUACAGCAAAGGCGGGAUCGACAGCGUAAAACAUCUCUCUACGACAACUACCCUGAUGUGAUUGUUGAACCUUUUCCUGCUCUUCCGAUAAAUGUUCGCCUACCGAGCCUACGGGGAAGCUCGACGCAACAUUCCAUUCGAAGAAGCACAACAGACGUCCGCAAGCAAUCCGUGGCUGGAGAAGAUCGUCUAAAACAAUGGGCGAAUCUUGACGUACUACCUGACACCGAUGCGACAGCCGCUUUGGCACAACUUGCCCUUCACCAAACGGAACCUCCAGAUCCUAAAGGCAUUGGAAAGGAGGAAUCACAUGAUGCAACGAAGACCUUGUCCACUCCGCCGACGACGCCACCACCAACCACGUUCACCACCACGUUGCUCAUGCCGCCGUCCACCUGUCCUGCUGGUACAGCUCGGAAACUCACCCCAAUGCCACGCGACCUUCAUCCACCACAUCACACUAAACCG